CUGCUGCUCCCCCAACAAAACAAAAACAAAAAAGUAAAGAACGCGGGGAGUUAAAUGUGCAUUGCUUUGAUUUUAUUUUUCUGGACUUCAGCUCGCUGCGCUUAACAUAACGGUUGAACAAGUUGUAGGAGUUUCAAGUGAAGUUAACAACGAGUGGUACACUUUGGUUCUACUGUCAAAUGAUUUGUAAAUUAUUUGAACGUAAAGCGAAGAAAACAAAGCAGCUAAUUGAUUUGCUAAAAAAUUUUCAACAUUUUUAAAGAUUUCCAUUGCUUGAUUGACUUGCCUUAAAUGGCUCCCAAAAAAUCCACAAUAGUCUUAAACGUUGAACAGUUCAUAAGGGACGUGGAACAGCGUCCGGCAAUAUGGAAUCGGAAUUUCCAUUGUAACAAGGCUUUUCUUGAGCAAAUGUGGGAUGAGCUAUCCUCGGAACAUAAAUUGCCAAGUGAAGUUUAUGUCUUGGACGAUGGCGGUGAAGUCGAUUUGGAUUUGGGCAACUAUGAACGUUUUUUGGAUGUCACAUUGCAUCGUGACAAUAACAUUACCACGGGUAAAAUUUAUCAACUGGUUAUUGAAAAGGAACGCAAGGGAGAAUAUCUGGGCAAGACCGUGCAGGUUGUCCCCCACAUCACGGAUGCCAUACAGGAAUGGGUGGAACGUGUGGCCGAGACACCCGUACGCGGUGAGUCCAAACCCCAGGUUUGUAUCAUUGAACUGGGUGGCACCAUCGGUGACAUUGAGGGUAUGCCUUUCGUUGAGGCCUUUCGUCAAUUUCAAUUUCGUGUGAAACGUGAAAAUUUCUGCUGUGCCCAUGUCUCGUUGGUACCCUCACCCUCGUCGACGGGUGAACCCAAAACCAAACCCACCCAGAGUUCGGUGCGUGAGCUAAGAGGUUUUGGCCUGAGUCCUGAUCUGAUUGUCUGUCGUUCCGAGAAACCCAUUGGUUCGGAGGUGAAGGAGAAAAUUUCGAAUUUCUGUCAUGUGGCACCGGAUCAGGUCAUCUGUAUACAUGAUUUGAGCUCAAUAUAUCAUGUCCCGUUGUUGAUGGAACAAAAUGGCGUCAUUGAAUUCCUCAACGAACGUUUGCAGUUGAAUAUCCAACCCAGCAAAAGGGAGAAGUGUCUGCAGAAAUGGAAGGACUUGGCCCGUCGCUCGGAAACCCUACGCAAAACCGUCAACAUUGCCUUGGUGGGUAAAUACACCAAAUUCAAGGAUUCCUAUGCCUCGGUGAUCAAGGCCCUGCAACAUGCCGCCCUGGCUGUGGGCUAUAAUCUCAAUCUGAACUUUAUCGAUUCCAGUCUCUUAGAAAACGAAACCCUGCAGGAUGCCCCCUCCAAAUACCACAAAGAAUGGCAGCUGUUGUGUGAAAGUGAUGGUGUCUUGGUACCUGGUGGCUUCGGUUCCCGCGGCAUAGAGGGCAAAAUCAAGGCCUGCAAAUGGUGUCGUGAAAAUCGCAAACCCUUUUUGGGUAUUUGCCUGGGUCUGCAGGCGGCUGUUAUAGAAUUCGCCCGCAAUGUUUUGGGCCUGGAAGAUGCCAACACCACAGAAAUUAAUCCCAAAACGGCAAAUCCCUUGGUCAUUGACAUGCCUGAGCAUCAUACCGGUCAAAUGGGCGGCACCAUGCGUUUGGGUAAACGCACCACCAUCUUCUCCGAAGAGCCCAGCAUUAUUAAACAGUUGUACGGUAAUCCCAAAACUGUUGAUGAACGUCACCGGCAUCGUUAUGAGGUGAAUCCCAAAUAUGUACCCCAACUGGAAGAGCAGGGCUUGCGCUUUGUGGGAUGUGAUGAUACCAAGCAACGUAUGGAAGUUAUUGAGCUAAGGAAUCAUCCCUAUUAUGUGGGCACCCAAUAUCAUCCGGAAUAUUUGUCACGCCCCCUGAAACCCUCACCACCAUUUUUGGGUUUGAUAUUGGCCUCAGUGGGACGUCUGCCAAACUAUAUUGCCCGUGGCUGUCGGCUAUCGCCACGCCAACAAUCAGAUGCCUCUUCGGAUGAGGAUGAUUUGCAGAUAACGGCAAAAAUCAACAAUCUUAAAUUAAAUGGUGGCAGUACAUUUUUGACACCCAACGGCCUAUGUCGGGCGGGAGGAGAAUUAUUUUUAAAUGGCACAUCAUCUGUGGAGGCUUCGGACACAGAAUCGGGUAGCAAACCACUCAAUGGUGGUGGUGUUUAAACUGGUGUGGGGAGGAAGAACUGUUGUAACACCAACACAUAGACACACAAAUUGCUGCUGGAUAAAUGUUAGUUUUUAGGGUUAAGAAGAUAUCAAAUAAUAAAAAAAAGAUGACAGUCCAGUGGUACUGAACUUUAAUACCUUCCACAUAAGACUGGAUAGGGUAUUAAGGAUACUCGUUUUGAAUACAAAAAAAAAAUAUUUAAAAAAACAACUAAAAAGUCAAAGGCUCUUGCUUAGUUUGUAAGUUAAAUAGAUAACCCACACACACAAUGUAUGGUUUAAAACUGAAGGAAUUUUCCGCGUUGUUUAUUUUGUAUGAAAAUAUUUACCGCAUCCAUCCACCCACCCAUGCGCGCUGUGUGGGCGAUGGUGGUGGCGGCGUGAAUAAUUGUGAUUUUGGCAAAACAAGCACUAGUUAAAACUAUACUACAAAUAUUUCCAAUAUUUUUCAAACUUCCUCUCCCCCCUCUCUCUCAAAUACAAAAAAAAAAAAAACAAGACAAGUUUAAAGUAAUUUAUGCUUAUACAAAGAAUUUUGAAAAUAUA